UGUAUGAGGAGAGAGAUUGUGAUAGGUGACAGCUGCCACUUAAGAGUAGGAAGAUAAGAAAUGAGGUGACACCACCUGCCUCAGAGCAGUCACUGGGAUCUCAACAUCUGUCCUGACAACACCUGACAUACACUGCUCCUCAGACCACACUAUGUCGGUCCACUUCACCGAGGACACGGGCUCGACUCGCAAAUAUAAAUUCCGUCGCAUCCAGACGGGGACCAUCAGGUUCAAAGUGAAGGCGGCUCAUGACGUGGCCAUCUGCCUCUCCUCUGACAAUGAAGAGGAACCUGAGGACAUGUACGAGAUCUUCAUAGGGUGCUGGGGAGGCGGAGAGUCUGGUAUCCGCCGUAAGAAACACGAUGACGUCUGCCGCAUCGAGACACCAGACAUCGUCAACGGAGAUGAGUUCGUGGGAUUCUGGAUAAAGAUUCAACGCGGCGUCAUCAAGGUUGGCCGCUCUGGACAAAAACAUGCCUUCAUGACUUACUCUGACCCUGAGACUCUCCUUCAUGCUACCUGGUAUGGCUUCUCAACCGGCUGGGGUGCAGAGGGCGAGUGGGUCUUCCCCGAUGACGAUGACACUUCUUCGUCGUCCUCGUCAGCCAUGUCUUCCUCUGACUCUGAGGCAGAAGACAUCAACAACCUGGAAGACAGACCCAUCCAGUACAAGCGACCAGCACGGUGGGUACCAGCCAAGAGUGGCUACUUCCCCCGUCAUCCAGUGUCUGGAGGAGAGGGUCCUGACGGUGAGGUCUUUGUGGGCAUGGCUCACCAUGAAGGUGCCUAUGUGCUGGGUAUGGUGGUACCUGACCACGGCUGUUGCUACAUACCCUAUGGUGGUGAUGCCAUUCCAAAGUCUGAGUAUUUUGUGCUGAGUAACCCUGGUAGUGUGACGCUGUCUUGGGAGCCAGGGAGCAUGGGCAAAGCUCCCUCAGGAGCCCUGCAGGGCGGCAUCACAGAGGACGGUGAAGCUCUUUUCAUCGGCCGUGUCAGCGUGGAUGGUGAGGUCUCCGUCGGUAAGGUUCAUGGCAGCCAUGGGGUGUGCUACGUUCCAUACGGGGGCAAAGAACAUGCCCACAAGCAUUACGAAGUCCUCUGUGUCCGCAACGUUCCCUGCAGAGUCUAACCUGUGCAUUGCAAGCACCUACAACCUUUUGUGCCGAGUCUAGCAUUUGCCUUGCAAGCUCCUGCGACAUUUCAUGUAGAGUAUAGCAUUCGUCUUGCAAUAGCCUAUAACCUCCAUUCAGAGAUUAGUCUUCGUCUUGCAAGCACCUGCAACCUUCUCUGCAGGUGGGAAGGUUAGACUCCAUGGAAAGUCUAGCCGAAGGCUAGACUUUCCAUGGAGUCGAACCUUCGUGUUGUAAACGUUUAUUAAACUGGUCCUAAUCAUUAAACGUGUCGUGCUUCA